GGCCUGUCUUGGCUGUUAGAGGGUAGGGGAAAAGAUUCCUUUUCUCUGUAUUUUCUAUUUUAGGUGAUUUGAUCUUCUUACAAUGUAGACACUGUGCAGCAUCUAUGACGAGGUUACAUAAACCUCUAAUUUAUGGUCAGUGGGGCUGCAGGGGUGCAGCAACGAAAGUUUUAUUUGAGCAUAUUUGCUCUUUGUGAUGGUUCCUUCUUACUUGUCAAGGCUGAGGUGACUCUUGGGGUUGAUGGAUGCACUAACGACGCCUUGUCAGUUAUACUGGGAGAGCAAAGAAAGCUGUAUUUGAGCAUAUUUGCUCUUUGUGGUGGCUCCUUCAUACUUGUCAAGGCUGAGGUGACUCUUGGGGUUGAUGGAUGCACUAACGACGCCUUGUCAGUUAUACUGGGAAACCCCUUUUUUUCUUUUACCCGUGUGUCAAAUGUUGAAAAGGCAGAUUUUUCUAAGAAAACGCAUGGAGCCUUCUGUUCUGGGUUUAGUUUGGCUUUCAUUUGCUUUUCACAUGUGGAGAUGUUAUGGUUCAAUUCAUUAUGGGAAUUGUAUCAAUUUAUUGUCUUUAAGAUAUUGCUAAACCAACUUCAAUUUAAUUCAAGUGGAACACCUUUUCAUCUUCAUUUCAUCUCAGCUAUAAAGCCAACUAGUGUUCAGGCUAUCAUGUUUCCGAACUCUGGUAAUGUAUUGUAUCUGCACCAGAACUCUUCCACUUCUAAGUGUGUUCCUACCAGUUGGCCUGUGAUUGAACCAAAGUUUUUUCAAAAUUGUUGUCCACCUGAUCCAUAA